AGCGGGGAGGGCGGGGGCCCCAGUGUGCGCGGGAGACACGGCAGCCAGCGGGGCCAGCGGGCGCUGGGGAGCGUAAAGCGCCCCUGGAGAUCCGGAAAGACUCUCCCGUGUGCCCCGGGACUCCCGCUACUCUCUCCGGGAAGCUCUCGGCUCUCUGGCACGGCAAGCUCUCCGGGUUUCUCUCGCCCGCGGGGCUGGCUGGCCUCUUGAACUCCUUUUCCUCUGCACCCUGUGUGACUUUCUCUCCCUGGGGCGUCUCUCUGUCUGCCUUCAUCUCUGUCCUCAUCUCUGUCUCUGGCUUCACGCUGAGUCUCCGUCUCUAGCUGCCUGUCACUGUGUCUGUGGCUGCUUGUCAUUCCUUUGUUCUGUCGCCUGCGAUAUCUGUGUGGGACUCCUUGCGGCUUGGUCUCAGCCCUCCCCCUCCCCUCGGAAGCCUGAGUCUGUGUCCCUUAGGGCCCGUCCAUCUGGAGAAGAGUAAGGACUGGGGCAAUGGCAGUGCCCAGACUGUGGCCAUGGGUGGCAUGUCUGCUUGUGAUCCUCCUGUCCUUGGGAUUUGGCCUGGACACACUAGACGUGUGCCCCAGUCUGGAUAUCCGCUCAGAGGUGGCAGAGCUGCGGCGACUGGAGAACUGCAGUGUGGUGGAAGGCCACCUGCAGAUCCUGCUCAUGUUCACUGCCACCGGCGAGGACUUCCAUGGCCUCAGCUUCCCACGCCUCACUCAAGUCACCGAGUACCUGCUGCUAUUCCGUGUCUAUGGUCUGGAGAGCCUGCGUGACCUCUUCCCAAACCUAGCAGUCAUACGCGGUGCCCACCUCUUCCUGGGCUAUGCGCUAGUCAUCUUCGAGAUGCCGCACCUGCGCGAUGUGGGGCUGCCAGCCCUGGGGGCCGUGUUGCGUGGUGCCGUGCGUGUGGAGAAGAACCAGGAGCUCUGCCACCUCUCCACCAUUGACUGGGGCCUGCUGCAGCCUUCACCUGGUGCCAACCACAUUGUGGGCAACAAGUUGGGCGAGGAGUGUGCUGACGUGUGUCCUGGCGUGCUAGGCGCCACUGGCAAGCCCUGUGCCAGGACUACCUUCAGUGGGCACACAGACUACAGAUGCUGGACCUCCAGCCACUGCCAAAGAGUGUGCCCGUGUCCCCAUGGCCUGGCCUGUACAGCUGGUGGGGACUGCUGCCACAGAGAAUGCCUGGGGGGCUGCAGCCAACCAGAUGAUCCCCGAGCCUGUGUCGCCUGCCGCCACUUCUACUUCCAGGGCGCCUGCCACCAGGCCUGCCCUCCAGGCACCUACCAGCAUGAGUCCUGGCGCUGUGUCACAGCUGAGCUCUGUGCCAGCCUGCACUCUGUGCCCAGCCAUGCCUCUACCUUUGGUAUCCACGAGGGCAGUUGCCUGGCCCAGUGCCCUCCAGGCUUCACCCGUAAUGUCAGUAGCAUAUUCUGCCACAAGUGUGAGGGGCUGUGCCCCAAAAAGUGCAAAGUUGGCACCAAGACUAUCGACUCCAUCCAGGUGGCACAAGAUCUGGUGGGCUGCACCCAUGUGGAGGGGAGCCUCAUCCUCAAUCUUCGCCAGGGCUACAACCUGGAGCAGGAGCUACAGCACAGCCUGGGGCUGGUAGAGACCAUCACUGGCUUCCUCAAAAUCAAGCACUCCUUUGCCCUCGUGUCCCUGAGCUUUUUCAAGAACCUCAAACUAAUCCGGGGAGACUCCAUGGUGGAUGGGAACUACACUCUGUACGUGCUGGACAACCAAAACCUACAGCAGCUGGGGUCCUGGGUGGCUGUGGGGCUCAGCAUUCCUGUGGGCAAGAUCUACUUCGCCUUCAACCCACGCCUCUGCUUGGAACACAUUUACCACUUGGAGCAGGUGACCGGCACGCGAGGACGGCAAAAUAAGGCGGAAAUCAACCCCCGCACCAACGGAGACCGCGCCGCCUGUCAGACUCGCACCCUGCGCUUCGUGUCCAACGUGACGGAGGCCAACCGCAUCUUACUGCGCUGGGAGCGCUACGAGCCGCUGGAGGCUCGAGACCUGCUCAGUUUCAUUGUGUACUACAAGGAGUCCCCAUUUCAGAAUGCUACAGAGCACACAGGUCCAGAUGCCUGUGGGACCCAGAGCUGGAACCUGCUAGAUGUGGAGCUCCCCCUAAGCCGCAACCAGGAGCCAGGGGUGAUCCUAGCACCCCUCAAGCCCUGGACACAGUAUGCAGUGUUUGUGCGGGCCAUCACACUGACCACUGCUGAGGAAAGCCCCCACCAAGGAGCACAGAGCCCCAUCAUCUACCUCCAAACCCUUCCUGCAGCGCCCACCAUUCCCCAGGAUGUCAUCUCCACGUCCAAUUCCUCCUCCCACCUGCUGGUGCGCUGGAAGCCACCGACCCAACGCAACGGGAACAUCACCUACUACCUAGUUCUGUGGCAGCGUCUGGCAGAGGACAACGACCUCUACCUCAAUGACUACUGCCACCGUGGCCUGCGGCUCCCCACCAGCAACAACGACCCACGCUUGGACCGCGAAGAUGGGGAACUACAGGCGGAGAUGGAGCCCGGCUGCUGCCCUUGCCAGCACCCACCUCAGGGGCAAGUCUUGCCACCGCUGGAGGCGCAAGAGGCCUCGUUCCAAAAGAAGUUUGAAAACUUUCUACACAACGCGAUCACUAUUCCCAAAUCCCCUUGGAAGGUGACGUCUAUCAAUAAGAGCCCUCAAAGGGAUUCUGGGAGGCACAGUCGAGCCGCAGCGACCCUCCGACUCGUGGGAAACAACUCAGAUUUCGAGAUCCAGGAGGACAAAGUACCCCGAGAGCGAGCGGUGUUGAGUGGCCUGCGCCACUUUACGGAAUACCGAAUCGACAUCCAUGCCUGCAACCACGCGGCGCACACAGUGGGUUGCAGCGCUGCCACUUUCGUCUUUGCGCGCACCAUGCCCCACAGAGAAGCUGAUAGUAUCCCAGGGAAGGUGGCCUGGGAGGCAGCUAGCAAGAGCAGUGUCCUCCUGCACUGGCUUGAGCCAUCUGACCCCAAUGGACUUAUCCUCAAGUAUGAAAUCAAGUACCGCCGCUUGGGAGAGGAGGCCACAGUGCUGUGUGUGUCUCGCCUGCGAUAUGCCAAGUUUGGGGGCGUCCACCUGGCCCUGCUGCCCCCCGGAAACUACUCUGCCAGAGUGCGGGCAACCUCGCUGGCUGGAAAUGGCUCUUGGACAGAAAGUGUCACUUUUUACAUCCCUGGCUCAGAGGAGGAAGACUCCGGGGGGCUGCGCAUCCUCCUCACCGUCACCCCUGUGGGGCUCAUGCUGCUCGUCAUUCUCGCUGCCCUUGGUUUCUUCUGCAGCAGGAAGAGAAACAACACUCUCUAUGCCUCUGUGAAUCCGGAGUACUUCAGUGCCUCUGAUAUGUAUAUCCCUGACGAGUGGGAGGUUCCUCGGGAGCAGAUCUCCAUAAUUCGGGAACUGGGCCAGGGCUCCUUCGGGAUGGUAUAUGAAGGGCUGGCACAUGGACUUGAGGCCGGAGAGGAGACCACGCCUGUGGCCCUGAAGACAGUGAAUGAACUGGCUAGCCCACAAGAACGCAUUGAGUUCCUCAAGGAAGCCUCUGUCAUGAAGGCAUUCAAGUGUCACCAUGUGGUACGUCUCCUGGGUGUGGUUUCUCAGGGCCAGCCAACUCUGGUCAUCAUGGAGUUAAUGACCCGUGGGGACCUCAAGAGCCAUCUUCGAUCUUUGCGGCCAGAGGCGGAGAACAACCCUGGGCUCCCAAGGCCAGGACUGGGAGAUAUGAUCCAGAUGGCUGGUGAGAUCGCAGAUGGCAUGGCCUACCUUGCUGCCAACAAGUUUGUGCAUCGAGACCUGGCAGCCCGAAACUGCAUGGUGUCCCAGGACUUCACCGUCAAGAUUGGGGACUUUGGGAUGACUCGAGACGUGUAUGAGACAGACUAUUACCGCAAAGGAGGGAAGGGGCUGCUGCCUGUGCGCUGGAUGGCCCCCGAGUCCCUCAAAGAUGGAAUCUUUACCACCCACUCGGAUGUCUGGUCCUUUGGCGUGGUGCUCUGGGAGAUCGUGACCCUGGCUGAACAACCCUACCAGGGUCUAUCCAAUGAGCAGGUGCUCAAGUUUGUCAUGGAUGGUGGGGUCCUGGAGGAGCUAGAGAGCUGUCCCCUUCAGCUUCAGGAGCUGAUGAGCCGCUGUUGGCAGCAGAACCCGCGCUUGCGACCAACCUUCACCCACAUCCUGGACAGCAUAUGGGAGGAGCUUCGGCCUUCCUUCCGCCUCCUUUCCUUCUAUUACAGCCCGGAGUGCCAGGGGACCCAGGCUUCCCUCCUGCCCAUUGAUGCAGAGCCCAACACCCCACGAACCCCAAAAGGGACUUCCUCAGACUGCAGCCCCCAAAAUGGGGGUCCAGGGCACUGAAGGGCACCCCAUUCCCUCGCUGAUUGGCCUCCUAGGGGCAGAGAAGAAGGGACCUUUGCAGCUGUGAGAUGUGCAGAUUUUCAUACCCCUUAAGCAUGGAGUGGCCAUGAGUGAGGCAGAGAGCAGGGGCAGGGAAGAUUGGGGGGCAGAGCAGACUCACUAUAAGAUUUUCUCAGGAGCCUCAGUUCUCCCUAAGAAAGUAAAGAAGAUCCCAGCAGGAGUGGUGGUUAGGCCAUGGACUGGAUGUUCUGGCCCUCGAAGAGCCCCUACUCAGACUAAGAAUAGAGGGCCUAUGUACUCCAGAGGUAUUGUCUGCUGAACUCCCCUCCUCAGCACCCAGGUGUCUUGUGGACCCCUGGGGCCAUCAACACACUUGAAACCAGAUAAGCAACCAGAACAGAACUGGAACCUUCUCUGUCCAUGUUUGGGCUGCUGUGAAUGGGUGUCCAUGUGACUGUCCUCACCACUGCAUGUCACCUCCUACCUUCUGCCUCAGACACCAGGUGGAGUGGGAGCACCCAGGCCCUCAGUGAGCAUGUUACCAGCCUGGCCCUGUAGGCUUGCCCUCACUUCCUCCUCUCCUUUGCUGUCCCAGGGAUUUCCAAGUUUAGUGCUCCUCCCUCUUCCCCUAGAGUAUCUCUUGGAGUGAAUCACCUCACUCCUCCCAGUCUCAUACCCUCAAUCUCCCUCAUACCCUUGGAUUAUUAAGGCUUUAAAAGGCUGGUUUUACUCUGGCUGGUGUGGCUUAGUGGACUGAGCAUCAACCUGUGAACCAAAAGGUUACCAGUUUGAUUCCCAGUCAGGGCACAUGCAUGGGUUAGAGGCCAGGCACCCAGUUGGGGGCACGUGAGAGGCAACAGGUGAUCAAUGUGUCUCCUCCCUUCUCCUCUCUCUAAAAAUAAAUAAAUGAAAUUUUUAAAGUCUUA